GGGCAGGAGGAGCAGCAGACAGAGCUGGGGGACCUGGAACGGGAGGAGGCAAGGCUUGCCCAGGAGCUGGAGGACGUGGACAUGAACCUUGCAAGGGCAGCUGUGCAGCUGCAGGCAGCCCAGGCCGAGACUGCAGAGCUGCAGCAAUGGGAGUGCAACGUCUUCAAUGCCACGUUUAAGAUCUGGGAAGAGGGCCCCUUGGGCGACAUCAAUAACUUUAGACUGGGUUCUCCCCCUACUGUCCCCGUGCACUGGAAUGAGAUUAAUGCUGCCUGGGGACAGACGGCAUUGCUGCUGCUUGCUCUGUCCAAUGCGAUUGGGCUGCCAUUUCAGAGGUACAGGCUGGUCCCCUGUAGAAACCACUCCUAUCUGAAGUCCUUAACAGAUG